GGCAGCUCAGCCCGGUGUCCGUACUGGACAUGGACAUGGACAUGCACUCCGACGAGGAAUCAUCCCACGUUCUCGGGGGCCGCGAGGAGGACGAGUCGCCGUCGACUUCAGGGAAGAGCUCGCCGCCGCCGCCGCCCGAGCAUGGCUCUCCAUGCCUCACCUUGUACGAGGGCGGCAAGAAUGGCCAGACGGAGACGGGAGAAGAGUACAAGAAGACGAGGUCGUCCAAGCUGGAGGAGCAGGUGAUCAUCUCGUCCUGGGAGAGGAUCGCCGGCGACAUCUCGAGGAUCCCCAUGCUGGUGCAGCUCGACCUCACCGGAUCAGCGCGGCAAUGGAGGCGGCCCAGGGAAGAGGAAGCCUUGCAGGUAGGGGCAAGCAUAGAGGCCAUGAUCUUCGAGGAGAUGAGAGUGGAGGCUGUGCAUGACAUGCUUCUCUGAAUCUUUGACGCCUUCUCAAUGUAAUUAAAUUCAGAUUGGGGCACACCUUCUUGUUGAUGAUUCCCACUGUAAAACAAAAAAAGGAAAAGUAACAUAUGAUGAAUGAACUGAAUAGGUUUCUGUGGUGUGUAAAAAUUUUAGUUUUUAUCAAUGUUUUUUUGGGGACACAUGGAGUUCUCCUAGUGCAUUGUUUUUCAGUGGUACACAUUCAGGUUCUCCUUGUGUGUAAAAGUGUAGUUGUGUUGUGUCUGGUUGUAGUCAUAUGUUGUUUACCUUUGAUAAA